UCCUUCUUGUUUGCCGUGUUUUAGUCGAGACGAAGCGUUCUCUGUGUGUAAUAGUGUUCUGAAACAGUGUAAUAUGCAUUACUGGAUGUAACACUGCAGUGCUUUACCUAAGAGAGAAGCGACAGAGAUCCACACUGUUAAACCGAUGGCGUUUAUUAAAGAGGAGAGGGAAGAAGUGAGGAUCUCAGAAGUGUUCCAACUCCAGGUCAAGCUGGAGGACCCCGAGACCGACCUAAUGGCACUGAAGGAGGAGAGGGAAGUAUGCAAUGAAAUUGAAGAGAAAGAUCAGAAUGAAAAUCUUCUUGAUUUCCUAACUGGAGAAAAAUCUUUCAGUUGUUCACAGCCUGAAAAGACUUCAUUGCGAAAAAACACUCAAAAUACAAGAACAAGAAAUGAUUUAACUUGUUUUAAGUUAGGUACGAAAUUUAAUCGACAUGGAGAACCUAAAGUCAUUAUAACUGGAAAGAAGCAAUUCACCUGCCACCAAUGUGGAAUGAGUUUUGCUCUACAUAGAAACCUUAACAUCCACAUGAGAAUUCACACUGGAGAGAAACCCUAUUCAUGCUUUCAGUGUGGAAAGAGUUUCAAUAAGAAUAACCACCUUAAAGUCCACAUGAGAAUUCACACUGGAGAGAAACCUUACUCCUGCCUUCAGUGUGGAAAGAGUUUCAGUAAUCGGGGAACCCUUAAAGUCCACAUCAGAAUUCACACUGGAGAGAAACCUUACACAUGCUCUCAGUGUGGAAAGAGUUUCGCUCAAAAAGUACGCUUUGAAGCCCACAUAAGAAUUCACACCGGAGAGAAGCCGUUUACCUGCCAACAUUGUGGAAAGGGUUUUAAUUAUCGUCGGACCUGGACAGACCACAUGAGAGUUCACACCGGAGAGAAGCCUUUCACCUGCCAACAGUGUGGAAGAAGUUUCACACAAAAAGGAACCUUUAACAGGCAUCUGAGAGUCCACACCGGAGAGAAGCCUUACACCUGCCAACAGUGUGGAAAGAGUUUCUGUCAACUUAGAUCCAUAAAGAACCACAUGAGACUUCACACCGGGGAAAAGCCUUACACCUGCCAACAAUGUGGAAGGAGUUUCACACAAAAAGGAACCUUUAACAGGCAUCUGAGAGUCCACACCGGAGAGAAGCCUUACACCUGCCAACAGUGUGGAAAGAGUUUCUGUCAACUUAGAUCCAUAAAGAACCACAUGAGAGUUCACACUGGAGAGAAGCCUUUCACCUGCCAACAAUGUGGAAGGAGUUUCACACAAAAAGGAACCUUUAACAGGCAUCUGAGAGUCCACACCGGAGAGAAGCCUUACACCUGCCAACAGUGUGGAAAGAGUUUCUGUCAACUUAGAUCCUUAAAGAACCACAUGAGACUUCACACCGGGGAAAAGCCUUUCACCUGCCAAACGUGUGGAAAGAGUUUCAAUCAACAUCGAACCUUAAAAAACCACAUGAGAUUUCACACUGGAGAGAAGCCUUACACCUGCCAACAGUGUGGACAGAGUUUCAUCAGAAAAGUAAACCUUAAUGUCCACAUGAGAAAUCACACUGAAGAGAAACCAUACACAUGCCCUCAGUGUGGACAGAGUUUCACUCAGAAAACACGCUUUGAAGCCCACAUAAGAAUUCACACAGGAGAGAAGCCGUUCACCUGCCAACAGUGUGGAAAGAGUUUCAGUCAACAUCAAACUUUGAAAGAACACAUGAGGGUUCACACUGGAGAGAGGCCUUUCACCUGCCAACAGUGUGGAAAGAGUUUCAUUCAACAUCAAACUUUGAAAGAACACAUGAGAAUUCACAACGGAGAGAAGCCUUACACCUGCCAACAGUGUGGAAGAAGUUUCACACAAAAAGGAACCUUAAACAGGCAUAUGAGAGUCCACACCGGAGAGAAGCCUUACACCUGCCAACAGUGUGGAAAGAGUUUCAGUCAACUUAGAUCCAUAAAGAACCACAUAAGAAUUCACACCGGAGAAAAGCCUUACACCUGCCAACAGUGUGGAAAGAGUUUCUAUCAACAUCGAACCUUAAAAAACCACCACAUGAGAGUUCACAGUGGAGAAAAGCCUUUCAUCUGCCAGCUGUGUGGAAAGAGUUUUGCUCAAAAAGUACAAUUUGAAGAACACGUAAGAUUUCACACUAGGGAGAAGCUGUUCACGUGCAAACAGUGUGGAAAGAGUUUCUAUCAACGUCAAACCUUAGCAGACCAUGCAAGAAUUCACACUGGUGAGAAGCCAUUCACCUGCCAACAAUGUGGAAAAAGUUUUAUUCAAAAAGGAUCCUUUAACAGGCAUAUGAGAGUUCACACCGAAGAAAGGCCUGACACCUGCCAACAGUGUGGAAAGAGUUUCUGUGAACAUCAAACCACAAAAGACCACAUGAGAAUUCACACUGGACAGAAGCCUUACAUCUGCCUCCUGUGUGGAAAGAGUUUCAGUAGUCAGAGAAACCUUGAAGUCCACAAAAGAAUUCACACUGGAGAAAAGACAUUCACCUGCCAACAGCGUGGAAAAAGUUUCUGUCAACAUCGAACCUGCAAAGACCACAUGAGAGUUCACACCGGAGAGAAGCCUUACACCUGCCUUGUGUGUGGAAGGAGUUUCACUCAAAAAGGAAUCUUUAACAGGCAUAUGAGAGUCCACACCAGAAAGAAGCCUUACACCUGCCAACAGUGUGGAAAGAGUUUCAGUCAACUUAGAUCCAUAAAGAACCACAUGAGAGUUCACACUGUAGACAAUCGUCACACCUGCCAACAGUGUGGAAAGAGUUUCAGUUGUCAGAGAAACCUAGAAGACCACAUGAGAAUUCACACUGGGGAGAAGCCUUACACCUGCCUUGUGUGUGGAAAGAGUUUCACUCAAAAAGGAACCUUUAACAGGCAUCUGAGAGUCCACACCGGAGAGAAGCCUUACACCUGCCAACAGUGUGCAAAGAGUUUCAGUCAACUUAAAUCCUUAAAGAACCACAUGAGACUUCACAUCGGGGAGAAGCCGUUCAUCUACCAGUAGUGUUCAAAAUCAAUUUCGAACAAUGUAAAAACCUUAUAAAUCCACAUGAGAGUUCACACCGGAGAGAAGCCUUACACCAGCCAACAGUGUAGAAGAAGUUUAACACCAAAGGGAACCUUUAACAGGCAUAAGAGAGUUCACAUCGAAGAGAAGGUGUUCACCUGCCAAUAGUGUACAAAAAGAGUUUUGGUGAAUGUUAAACCUUAUAAGACCAUACAAAAAUUCAUACAGGAGAGAGGGCAUUAACAUGAGAAUUCACACCGGAGAAAAGCCUUAAGACCUGUUAAAAGUGUUUAUGAGAGUUUUGCUCAACAUGGAAACCUUCGUGGAAAACUAACUUUAGCUGAACAAUAACUUUAUUCUAGAGCUGUUGUAAAACCAAAACAGUCUCUGUUACUUUGAUUUCGAGUCUCUUCACAUGUCAACAAUGUACAAAACAUUUCAACCAAAAAGGUCUCUGGGUUUCAGUGUUUGCCACCAUUUCUUUUUGCCGUUGAAGGUACACAUCACUAAGGCCCAAGCCCCAAAGGGGCUGUAUCCGCUAUUGUAUACAUUAAUUCUCUUUGGAAAGAGUUUGGGUUAUAGGGCUGAGAACAGGGAACAAGACACUGCGUCUGACUCUUUGGGGAAUACCUCUGUGUUAACCCUCUGGGGUUAAUGCCCUGACUUUUGUCCUUUUUUCAGUUGCAUAUAAACAUAUUAAUGGCACAGCUGAAAUUACACUCUAUUUAGCUCAAACAGGGCGACCAUAAUAUGUGAGCAACAUUGUAUGUACAUGUUUGUAUUUUUGAGAUAAUAAUGUUUAUGCAUGCUUAUGGAAAAAAGUUUCUGAUUUAAGACCACAAAACAUACUAAAUAUGUGCCUACAAAACUUUUGACUAAUG